UGCUAAGGACAAGGACCCCAUUCAUGCCCCGAACUCCUGACAAAUAUGCUAAUUGUAGACACAACCCUCUGCGUAGUGGCCAGAGAUGGAAGUAACUUUUAUUCUGUUGCUGAUGGUAUCUCUGUCGGCGAGAUCACAAGCAGCGUCACACACACACACAGGAAAAGAGCUAAAGAUUCAUAUUGAAUUUGUAGAUAGCUCAAUUGCACCAGAUACACAGAAGGAGAUCAGGCAUGCUGUGGCAUACAUGGCUCAAGUGGUGAGAUUAAAGCAUGCUGAUGUAGGGCCUGUGUUCCGCCUGCCAAGAGACAUGAGGGCUUGUGUCGCCCUCUACAGUGAGGGCCCUAAUGUUGGCAAGUGUGCUGGCGUGUCUGCAAGGUACACAGGAGACUACUGUGGGAAGGCUCUCAUUCCCGAGGCCCAUCUGGAGGGACUGGAGGUCUUCAGCAAGGAUGACCCUGGCUGUAAUUCCGACUCCUUACCAGAAGGAAAGGGUUUCAGGGAUGGCACAAACUUCAUACUGUACGUAAUGUCCAGUUCAGAUAUAUUCUGUAGCCAUUCAUAUGCACUUUCCUCCACAUGUCGUUUUAGCACAACACUGGUUGGUGGCGAACGGAGUGGGCGACCUUUAGCCGGAACAGUAAUAGUAUGCAAAGACCGCUUGUAUGAACUGACACCCUUGUUGCUGAAGCGGAUAAUUGUCCAUGAGGUAAUACAUCUCUUGGGUUUCAACUACAGAAGUAUAAUGGAAUUCAUAGAAUGUGACGUAGAAAGAGACCCACAUGCUUCAAUGAAUAAUUUGAAUGUGUCCAGUCCACUUGUGGGUGAAAAUCAAAAUCUCUUGUGUUGGAAAAGGAGAGAUGUCUUGAAAGUUUUAGGCGAGAAAGAGAUCAUUGUUCAGUCACCACAGUUAACAGCAGCAGCAUUGCGACUCACAGAACAUUUAAAUCAGACAGUAAAUUGUAGCUCAUACAACCAAAGUUUUAGUCCAGAGGGACCUUUUGAAUAUACUGAUGUUUCUGUAGCUGAGCAAGAAUAUGACAUGUAUGAUAACAAUGAUACAUUUGACAAGAACAACUCUCCUCUCACCCCAAAUGGAGGAGUAGCUUUGGCCGCAACAAGAACAGGGAUACACUGGCCGGUGGAGCUCUUUUCUGGUGUUUUUUCUGUAAUGAUACCUGGGAACUUGGAGUCUAGAACUAUUGUUGUUGACCCUUUGACUAUAGCAAUUUUGAAAACGACUGGAUGGUACAGAAUCAGUGAAAGUGCACUAAGUUGUAUGAAUUGUUUUCUGAAUGAUAUGAUACAAUUUCCACAGUGCAUUUAUAUAGAGAAUCCAGAAGAUAAAAGCAAGGAAACUGUAGACUCUGAUUCAGUUGAAGGUUGCUCUUAUGAGCAUAAAAAUUCCAAAUCAGAAAUACAUGUGAUACCACAAGAUGUUUCAGCUGCAGUCAGUGAUAUUUCAAAUACAAGUGUUAGUGAUACAGUUUCAGAAGAAAGAAAUGUAACACUGAUUUGGCUAAACAGAACUGAUCAAGAAAUAUCUGAAAAAUCAAAGAAACGCAAGAAAAAUAAAAAUAAGAGGAAGCGGAAGCAGAAAAAACAUCAUUUUGAUAAUAUAGUUUCAGUGACUUCUGAAGCAACACACCAUAGGAUAUCAUUAUUGAUUAUAUAUAUGCUGUGCUUUAUUCUCUCCGGACUUUUGCGUGGCAUACAAAGAUGCCAGCUCUCAUCACUCUCCAGACCUGCACACAGCCAACAGCAGCUGAUGGAGAGGGAAAAUGAUAGUGAAUCGGAAGUUCAAGAAGAACAAAUGAGGGCAACUUUGAAGUAUCCAGAUUAUUUUAAAGUUGCCAAUUUAUUUACUGUAGAAGAUCUUUUCAAAGCUCGAGUCCACCUAGGACACAAAGAGGGGUCUCUUGAUCCCCACAUGCAUCCCUUCAUCUUUGGGUCUCGUCUAGGUCAUCUCAUCAUAGAUCUUGACCAGACAUCGCAACAUUUACGCGAAGCUCUGAAUUUCACAGCUCACAUAGCUUACCGCGGAGGAAUCAUACUUUUCAUCUGUAGGAAUCCACAGUUUCAGCAUUUGGUAGAAAACGUAGCCAAAGAUUGUGGUGAGUAUGCCCACACCAGAUUUUGGCAAGGAGGAAUCUUCACUAAUUCAACCAUCCAGUUUGGAUGUGAAACUCGAUUACCAGACCUUGUAAUCUUUAUUAAUACCUUGAACAAUGUCCUCACUCAGCAUACUGCAGUAAGAGAUGCAGCAAAGAUGUUGAUCCCUACUGUUGGUAUUGUUGAUACUAAUUGUAACCCAAACCUUAUCACAUACCCUGUUCCUGGAAAUGAUGACACUCCUUCAGCUGUAAAAUUGUAUUGUGAUUUGUUUAAAAAUGCUAUUUUAAGGGGAAAAGAAAAAAGAAAGGAGUUGUCUGGAUUGUAAUUUUUUGUUGUUUUUGUUUGUAUUAUUUUAUAAUGAGUUUUCAGUGUAUGUAUCUUGUAAAUCAGCAGUGUAAUACAACUUAUGGUGAAGUUCAAAGGCAAGAAGAUUCAUUUAUAAUAUGAACAAUGAAUCCUGGCAUUUUUUUCCUGUACAUAUUGUAUAAAAGAAAGUUGAUCAAA